UGCAUGGUGGAUAUUAUUUUUCAUUAUCCUUUUCUGGGUGCUAUGGGGGAUCAUUCCAAGAAGAAGCCCGGGACGGCCAUGUGCGUGGGCUGCGGGAGUCAGAUCCACGACCAGUUUAUCCUGCGGGUGUCGCCCGACCUGGAGUGGCAUGCCGCCUGCCUCAAGUGCGCCGAGUGCAGCCAGUACCUGGACGAGACGUGCACGUGCUUCGUGAGAGACGGGAAGACCUACUGCAAGCGGGACUAUGUCAGGCUGUUCGGCAUCAAGUGCGCCAAGUGCCAGGUGGGCUUCAGCAGCAGCGAUCUGGUGAUGAGGGCGCGGGACAGCGUGUAUCACAUCGAGUGCUUCCGCUGCUCCGUGUGCAGCCGCCAGCUGCUGCCCGGCGACGAGUUCUCGCUGCGUGAGCACGAGCUGCUCUGCCGCGCCGACCACGGCCUCCUGCUGGAGCGCGCCGCGGCCGGCAGCCCGCGCAGCCCCGGCCCGCUCCCCGGCGCCCGCGGCCUGCAUCUGCCAGACCCCGCGUCGGGCCGGCAGCCCUCACUGCGCCCGCACGUGCACAAACAGACGGAGAAGACAACCCGCGUGCGGACGGUGCUCAACGAGAAGCAGCUGCACACUCUGCGGACGUGCUAUGCCGCCAACCCGCGGCCCGACGCGCUCAUGAAGGAGCAGCUGGUGGAGAUGACGGGCCUGAGCCCACGGGUCAUCCGCGUCUGGUUCCAGAACAAGCGCUGCAAAGACAAGAAGAAAUCCAUCCUCAUGAAGCAGCUGCAGCAGCAGCAACACAACGACAAGACGAGCCUCCAAGGACUGACCGGGACGCCCCUCGUGGCGGGCAGCCCCAUCCGCCACGAGAGUGCUGUUCAGGGCAGCGCAGUGGAGGUGCAGACGUACCAGCCACCGUGGAAAGCCCUCAGCGAAUUUGCCCUCCAGAGUGACUUGGACCAACCCGCCUUCCAGCAGCUGGUCUCCUUCUCUGAGUCUGGCUCGCUAGGCAACUCCUCCGGCAGCGAUGUGACCUCCCUGUCCUCGCAGCUCCCGGACACCCCCAACAGCAUGGUGCCGAGUCCCGUGGAGACGUGA